AUGUCUGAACGCUCUAGUAAGAACAACUAUCUGGCGCCGGUGGAGAGCCAUGCCCAGGAAUUAGAAGUGCAGGUUGAUGAGAGAAUAGGAUGCAGCUGCGUAGGCAGGAAUCACUGGAAACAACCCGCAGCUGCACAGGAGAGGCAGAUCCUGAGCACGCCCCCCGAUCCACUCCAGACACACACCGGCAGACGCACCCACAUAAUGGGGACAAACACACAUACAGAUACAACAGACAAAGAGGAGACAAAACAAGGAGGAAGGGAAACAGAAAAGGGAGAGACAAGCUGCCCACAUAACACAAAGUCAAUACUUUGUAGAGCAACCUUUUACAGCAAUUACAUCUGCAAGUCUUUUGGGGUAUGUGUCUGUAAGCUUGGCACAUCUAGCCACUGGUGGUGUUCUCGGGGUGAUGAGAGGUGUUGGGUUUGCGCCAGACAUAGCGUUUUCCUUGAUGGCCAAAAAGUUCAAUUUUAGUCUCAUCUGACCAGAGUACCUUCUUCCAUAUGUUUGGGGAGUCUCCCACAUGACUUAUGGCGAACACCCAACAUGUUUGCUUAUUUUUUUCUUUAAGCAAUGGCUUUUUUCUGGCCACUCUUCCAUAAAGCCCAGCUCUGUGGAGAAUACGUCUUAAAGUGGUCAUAUGGUCAGAUACUCCAAUCUCCGCUGGGGAGCUUUGCAGCACCUUCAGGGUUAUCUUUGGUCUCUUUGUUGCCUCUCUGAUUAAUGCCCUCCUUGCCUGCUCUGUGAGUUUUGGUGGGCGGCCCUCUCUUGGAAGAUUUGUUGUGGUGCCAUAUUCUUUCCAUUUUUUAAUAAUGGAUUUAAUGGUGCUCCGUGGGAUGUUCAAAGUUUCUGAUAUUUUUUUAGAACCCAACCCUGAUCUGUACUUCUCCACAACUUUGUCCCUGACCUGUUUAAAGAGCUCCUUGGUCUUCAUGGUGCCACUUGCUUGGUGGUGCCCCUUGCUUAGUGGUGUUGCAGACUCUGGGGCCUUUCAGAACAGGUGUAUACAUACUGGUGGACUUUAUUUAACUAACUAUGUGACUUCUGAAGACAAUUGGUUGUACCAGAUCAUAUUUAGGGGCUUCAUAGCAAAGGGGGUGAAUACAUAUGCACGCACCACUUUUCCGUUAUUGAUAUAUAUUUUUUUGUACGUAAUUUUUUUCAUUUCACUUCACCAGGUUGUAAUGCAACAAAAUAGGAAAAACGCCAAGGGGGAUGAAUACUUUUGCAAGACACUGUAUUUGGUACUGACCUUCUCAGGGAUGGAGUAGGCCACAGUGAUAUCUUUGGGAGGUCAGGGACAGGGCCUAAGGCUGCCUUGAGCUCCUCAUCAGUCACCUCCGACACCAGCUCAAAACCUGACAGAGCAACAACAUACAGUGCAUUCGGAAAGUAUUCAGACACCUUGAAUUGUUCCACAUUUGGUUACGUUACAGCUUUAUUCUAAAAUUUAUUAAAUUACUUUUUUUCCUCAUCAAUCUACCUACAAUAUCCCAUAAUGACAAAGCGAAAACAGGUUUUUAGAAAUGUUAGCAAAUGCAUAUAAUUCAAAACACAAAUAACUUAUUUACAUAAAUAUUCAGACCCUUUUCCAUGAGACUCGAAAUUGAGCUCAGGUUUAUCCUGUUUGCAUUGAUCAUCCUUGAGAUGUUUCUACAACUUGAUUGGAGUCCACCUGAGUCUCUCCAGAGAUAUUCGAUUGGGUUCAAAUCCAGGCUCUGGCUGGACCACUCAAGGACAUUCAGAGACUUGUACUGAAGCCACUCCUGCGUUGUCUUGGCUGUGUGCUUAGGGUUGUUGUCCAGUUGGAAGGUGAACCUUUGCCCCCAGUCUGAGGUACCUUUGUAUGCCUCCUCGUCUGUAUACCUGCAGACACAAAAGUGAGCAGUUCAGUCAUCUGCACCCAAUACAGCUAGCCUUCAACAUAUUAUUAUAGCCUACAUAUUAUUAUCUCUUUGUUUAUUGAUAUCCAUUGAAUUGUGUCCAUUUUCUGUUUUAGAAAGAUUUGCACAAAUAUGAAAAGAUAGAUGGUAUCAUCAUAAAACAAUAUCAAUUUAGAUCAUACAAGGGCCAAACCUUACCUUUAAUUUAGAUCAUACAAGGGCCAAACCUUACCUUUAAUUUAGGAAAUCCUUAAAUGUUUCAGUUAAGUGCCUGCAUCUGCUGUUCUUUCAAAUUAAAAUCAAAACGUUUCAGUUGGGCAGUUAGGUUCUUAAGAACCUUUUGGGGGCAAUUUUCAGUACCAAGAACCCAAAGGUUAUUUGAAGAACUUUGAUGAUCUUAGAAGAUCCCUUGUUCAACCCCUAAUUUUUAGAGUGUAGGAGUUUACCUCAUAUUUUGAUCUUUUUAUUCUGAUUUGCCACUAAUAUAAUAAACACUGACAACUAAAAUACUGUGUUAUUUUUAUGCGUAUUAUUAGGGUAGUUCAAAAAUUAACCCCAAAAGGUUAUUCAAAAGGUUAUUCGAAAAUCCAUUAAAAGGGGUUCUUUGAAGAACAUGUAGGGCUUCCCCCACAAUUUCAUCCAGGAACCUUUACUUUUUAUAGUGUAGAUUGGAAAUACACCCAUUUUGUUAGGGUCCUUCCACCUCCAGCCCUCCAAAUUGUGCUGGAUCAGUCUGUGCUGUGUCCCUCUUUUUUACUGGUGUAACUUCCAGUAAAGGAGGUGUACUACUCCCCUCCAUACCUGCUUUAUCAUAUGAGCCCAGACAUACAGGCAUUCCAACUGACAUUCGGAAGGAAUUGCAUGUAGGCCAAAGAAAAUUACGACUCACUCUUUCACUUUUGUUACCGUCAUACGCUAAUCGAGGCAGAACAUAAAUAUCUCUACCUGUGAUAAUAGAACCAAAGAAAACAGCAGAAGGUCUGCCAAGUGAUUAGGCACACAAUGGUAUCUUGGUUUCCCUGGGAAAAUCUCUCAUCACACGGUGCCAAAAAAGAGUCAAGUCAACACUCCCUUUUAACCUUUUGGGUCACCAGAAAAUACAUUGAGGCCAUUAAGUUAAGUGAUUUUUUUAAUGUACAAGUAUAUUGGCUGCAUGAGGGGGCUUUGGGGUUUCAAUGGGUGGUGGUUUGAGGAUAGCGACAGUGAAGUCUUGAUGGGGAUGAGUUCACAUAGCGAGGCAUGUGGAUCAUUCAUCAUGUCGUCUUGUGGGUCCACCGUGUAUGAAUGAGUUGCUAUUGAGAAGAAACAGUAACCUAUAGUUUGCCUGUAUAGCUCCAAGGAGAAGUCUCAUUAUUAUUAAAAGACACACCUGUUAUAAACGCAUUCCUAAAUACAUAAUCAGGACCAGUGGUGGAAAAACUACCCAAUUUUCAUCCUUGAAUAAAAGUAAAGAUACCUUAAUAAAAAAUGACUCAAGUAAAAGUGAAGGUCACGGAGUAAAAUACUACCUGAGUAAAAGUCCAAAAGUCUUUGGUUUUAAAUAUACUUAAGUAUCAAAAGUAUAUGUAAUUGCUCAAAAAUACUUAAGUAUCAAAAGUAAAAGUAUAAAUAAUUUCACAUUCCUUAUAUUAAACAACCCAGACGGCACAAUUAUUUGUGCGCAUUGCCAGGGGCACACUCCAACACUCUGACAUAAUUUACAAGCAAAGCGUUUGUGUAGGGACGACCAGGGAUGUUCUCUUUAUAAGAGUGUAAAUUUGACCAUUUUCCUGUUCUGCUAAGCAUUCAAAGUGUAAUGAGUACUUUUGGGUGUCAGGGAAAAUGUAUGGAGUAAAAAGUACAUUAUUUUCUUUAAGAAUGUAGUUGAGUAAAAGUAACAGUUGUCAAAAAUAUAAAUAGUAAUGUAAUGUACAGAUACCCAAAAAACCUACUUAAGAAGUACUUUAAUGUAUUUUUACUGAAGUACUUUAAAACACUGAUGAGGACAAUGACAGCAGGAUUUGAUCAUUUAUUUUCAAUUCCAUUAUGUUGGGGAUUAUGUUAUGGGAGUGCACUGAUUCACAUAACGUGAUGGGAUGCGCCCCAAAUGGCACCCAUAGGUGCUAUUUCGGAAAGACCCAUGAACUGAACUGAUUCCCUCCACUCCCUGUGUACACAGGUGCACUCUCUAGAGGCAGCCAAUAGCAAGUUGGAGCUGCAGAUCAAAGAGUUCUACGAGAUGAGAUCACCGACUCACAAGAAGGACCUCAGUGGGUUCUAUGCCACCAUCGCAGACAUCCGCAACAAGGUACUUCUGGGUAAUGUAGUUUUAAUGUAGCAACCCACUGGGCACACACUGGUUGAAUCAACAUUGUUUCCAAAUUUUAGCAAAUGUAUAUAAAAAAAACGGAAAUAUCACAUUUACAUAAGUAUUCAGACCCUUUACUCAGUACUUUGUUGAAGCACUUUUGGCAGCGAUUACAGCCUCAGUCUUCUUGGGUAUGACGCUACAAGCUUGGCACACCUGUAUUUGGGGAGUUUCUCCCACUCCUCGCUGCAGAUCCUCAUAAGAUCUGUCAGGUUGGAUGGGGAGCGUUGCUGCACAGCUAUUUUCAGGUCUCUCCAGAGAUGUUCGAUCGGGUUCAAGUCCGGGCUCUGGCUGGGCCACUCAAGGACAUUCUGAGACUUGUCCCGAAGCCAGUCCUGCAUUGUCUUGGCUGUGUGCUUAGGGUCGUUGUCCUGUUGGAAGGUGAACCUUCGACCCAGUCUGAGGUCCUGAGCAGGUUUUCAUCAAGGAUCUCUCUGUACUUUCCUCCGUUCAUCUUUGCCUCGAUCCUGACUAGUCUCCCAGUCCUUGCCGCUGAAAAACAUCCCCACAGCAUGAUGCUGCCACCACCAUGCUUUAACGUAGGGAUGGUGCCAGGUUUCCUCCAGACGUGACGCUUGGCAUUCAGGCCAAAGAGUUCAAUCUUGGGUUCAUCAGACCAGAGAAUCUUGUUUCUCAUGGUCUGAGUGUCUUUACGUGCCUUUUGGCAAACUCCAAGCGGGCUGUCAUGUGGCUUUUACUGAGGAGUGGCUUCCGUCUGGCCACUGUACCAUAAAGGCCUGGUUGGUGGAGUGCUGCAGAGAUGGUUGUUCUUCUGGAAGGUUCUCCCAUCUCCACAGAGGAACUCUAAAGCUCUGUCAGAGUGACCAUCGGGUUCUUGGUCACCUCCCUGACCAAGGCCCUUCUCCCCCGAUUGCUCAGUUUGGCCAGGUGGUCAGCUCUAGGAAGAGUGUUUACAAACUUAUUCCACUUAAGAAUGAUGGAGGCCACUCUGUUCUUGGGGACCUUCAAUGCUGCAGACAUCUUUUGAUACCCUUCCCCAGAUUUUUGCCUCAACACAAUCCUGUCUCAGAGCUCUACGGACAAUUUCUUCGACAUCAGGGCUUGGUUUUUGCUCUGACAUGCACUGUCAACUGUGGGACCUCAUAUAUAGACAGGUGUGGGCCUUUCCAAAUCAUGUCCAAUCAAUUAUUUUACCACAGGUGGACUCCAAUCAAGUUGUAGAAACAUUUCAAGGAAGAUCAAUGUAAACAGAAUACACCUGAGCUCAAUUUCGAGUCUCAUAGCAAAGGGUCUGAAUACUUAUGCAAAUAAGGUAUUUCUGUAUUUGUUUUUAAUAGAUGUGCAAAAAUGUAAAAAAUCCUGUUUUAGCUUUGUAAUUAUGGGGUAUUGUGUGUAGAUUGCUGAGGAUUUUUUAUUUAUUAAAUCCAUUUUAGAAUAAGGCUGUAACAUAACAAAAUGUGGAAAAAGUCAAGGGGUCUGAAUACUUUCCUCUAAUCUAAGUGAUAGAUUAGAGGAGUAAUUCCUAUUGUCUCAGUAUUUAUCUUGUUGAUCGUUGAAGAACUGUGCCCUGUUGUAUAUGAAUGAACAAUAGAUAUGACCCAGAUCUGCUGAUCUAAACACAUUAUAUCCCAUACAUAGUUGACACUGUUAUUACAUUCCAUUGACUGUGGCUGUCCUCCUGUUCCUAGAUCCAUGCCAGGUCUAUGGAGAACUCUCAGAUGAUCCUGUGUGUGGAUAAAGCCAGACUUGCAGCUGAUGACUUCAAGAUGAAGUAGGUGCACUUCCUCUCUGUACUGUACACAGCUUCUGUGAGUGUACUGUUUCUGUUUGUAGCUCUUGGCCUAUAGGUUCGAGAUUGAGUACAUCCAAUCCUCCCAGAUCUACAGAAAUGCUUAUGGGGGUAGGCAGGCGCUAUGGAUCAGUAUACUGUUGGGCAAUUUGUAUCUUGGUUUGUUGUGAGAAGGAACUAAUCAAGCUCUCUCCUCUCCUCAACCCGUAUAGGUUAGAGAAGGAGGCUAAAAUGCGUAUGAUGACGGAAGGGGAUGUGGCUCGUCUGAGAGGAGUCCUAGACAGCUUUACGCAUGCCAGAGGAGACCUUGAGAUGCAGAUUGAGGGGCUGAAGGAGGAGCUGGUCUACCUCAGGAAGAACCAUGAGGAGGUAACCUCCUCAAUUCUCCUCACACACUCAAGUCUUAACGCUUGUGCUGUUGGCUGAAGUGUCAAUGUGCCAGGACAGCCACGUGUUUUUUUCAUUUGGACACCCCGGCUCCCCCUGUAAUUUUUGGAAUGUUUUUGCACUUGAAUGUAUUUAUUAAUUCUCAGUGGGUUUGAGACCUUUCCAUGUUUGGCCACAAGGGGGCAAAACUCACCCACAACAAAUCUAGGGCAACUUCACUGUUAUUAGUACUCAAAUAUACAGUAACUCAUUGUUUUCACAUACUUUUAGCCUUCCCUGUAUAUAAGUAAACUACAAAUCCCAGGUAUUAUGACUGUCACACCCUGGCUCUGGGACUCUAUAUGUUGAGCCAGGGUGUGUUCAUUCAUUGUGUUCUGUUUCUUUGUUUUGGUGUUCUAGGUUGUCUGUUUCUAUGUUUGGCUGAAUGACUCCCAAUCAGAGGCAACGAGUGUCAGCUGUGUGCUGGUUGUCUCUGAUUGGGAGCCAUAUUUAACUGUCUGUGUUUCACUUUGUGUUUGUGGGUUUUUGUUCCUUUACGGUCAUUGUUACUGUGGACUUCACGAGUCGUCUAUUGUUUUGGUUUUUGCACUUUAAUAUAAUAAAGUCAAUCAUGUUCGCUCAACACGCUGCGUAUUGGUCUACUUCGCUACAAGACGAUCGUGACAGAAAAACCCACCAUACAAUGACCAAGCAGCGUGUCCAGGAGCAGGCAGACUGGACAUGGGAGGAUCGCUGGCCAUGGAGUGAGACUGACGAGAGGCAACCCCAAAAACAUUUUAGGGGGGGGCACAGGGCAUGGACGACGGGGCUGACGGAGGCAGAGAAGGGGCGUAUUCAAAAGGCCACCAGGUUACGGGGGCUACUGGUCAAAGUAGGGAAAGGAGGUUUAGAGGCACGGCGAGAGGUACUGGGGUGUGUUACCAGUCCGGUCCGGCCCGUUCCAGUUCCCGGGGUAGAGCCAGUGGUGUGUGUCCCUAGUACGGUCCGGCCUGUUACGGCCUCUCGCACCAAAUGGACGGUGCGCGUCACCAGCCCGGUCCGGCCUGUUCCUGCCUCUCGCACCAAGCCUAGGGUGUGCGUAGCCAGCCCGGUCCGGCCUGUUCCUGCCACCCGCACCAAACCUACGGUGUGCGUCGCCAGCCCAGCCCGGCCUGUCCCUGCUCCACGCACCAAGCCUACGGGGUGCGUCGCCAGCCCAGCCCGGCCUGUCCCUGCUCCACACACCAAACCUACGGUGUGCGUCGCCAGCCCGGCCCGGCCUGUUCCUGCCACUCGCACCAAACCUACGGUGCGCGUCGCCGGCCCGGCCUGUUCCUGCCACUCGCACCAAGCCAGGGGUGCGAGUCGCCAUCCCGGCCCGGUCUGUUCCUGCCACUCGCACCAAGCCAGGGGUGCGAGUCACCAGCCUGGUCCAGCCUGUUCCUGCCACUCGCACCAAGCCAGGGGUGCGAGUCGUCAGCCUGGUCCAGAACGUUCCUGCUACUCGCACCAAGCCAGGGGUGCGAGUCGUCAGCCUGGUCCAGCCCGUUCCUGCUACUCGCACCAAGCCAGGGGUGCGAGUCGUCAGCCUGGUUCAGCCCGUUCCUGCUACUCGCACCAAGCCCGGGGUGCGAGUCGUCAGCCUGGUAAGACCGGUCAGUUGCUCCACAACGGAGCGUAAGCAAUCCGCUCCGUCAAUGUCCAGUCCAGAUCCAGCCAGCGGGGUCAGACCGGACCAGGGGCGCUACGGGGGAGUUAUGGAGGGGUGGUGGUCAAGGCCGGAGCCGGAGCCGCCUCCGAGGAGGAAUGCCCACCCAGCCCUCCCCUGUUUGGGGUUUUGUUAAGACGCGGUCGCAGUCCGCGCCUUUAGGGGGGGGUACUGUCACACCCUGGCUCUGGGACUCUAUAUGUUGAGCCAGGGUGUGUUCAUUCAUUGUGUUCUGUUUCUUUGUUUGGGUGUUCUAGGUUGUCUGUUUCUAUGUUUGGCUGAAUGACUCCCAAUCAGAGGCAACGAGUGUCAGCUGUGUGCUGGUUGUCUCUGAUUGGGAGCCAUAUUUAACUGUCUGUGUUUCACUUUGUGUUUGUGGGUUUUUGUUCCUUUACGGUCAUUGUUACUGUGGACUUCACGAGUCGUCUAUUGUUUUGGUUUUUGCACUUUAAUAUAAUAAAGUCAAUCAUGUUCGCUCAACACGCUGCGUAUUGGUCUACUUCGCUACAAGACGAUCGUGACAAUGACACAAUUUGUCCCCCUUUUCCUGUUGUUAGGAGAUGCAUUUGAUGCGGACACAGCAGUGUGGUGCUGUGAAUGUGGAGAUGGACUGUUCUUCCUCAGUGGACAUGAGCAAGCUGCUGGAGGAGAUGAGGACCCAGUAUGAGGGCAUGGUGGAGAAGAACCAGAUCACCACCAGCCCCAUAGAGGUGAAAACGUCUCAGUCUCAGGUGACCGACCUGAAGAGGACCUUCCAGAGCCUGGAGAUUGAACUGCAUGGCCUGCUCACUCAGGUAUGAUGUCAAACCAUCUUAGUGAAUCAGCAUCCCUAAACAUAUAGCAUUCGUCUUUACCCUAUCUCUGUUCCUAAAAUAUGGAAUUCCUUUAUGUCGUAAAGGAACAUUACACUCCAAAAUCAAAGUUUGUUAAAUGUUUUCAGACCUCCACUGUGGUGUAAUGUCAAGGUGUUCUAACUUCUUUAUGCGCACCAAUCUAACUAUCUCUACCCUUCUUCAUCUCCCUGUUCAUCAAUUUCUACUACCCUCUCCUUUCUUCCUUCUCCAUCUUCUUCAUCCCUUACAAACAUAAACACAUUCCUAGAAGGGGUACCUGGAGCAGAGUGUCACUGAUAUAAAUGGCCGCUACGGCUCCCAGCUGAGCCAGCUGCAGGUUCAUAUCAACAGCAUGGAGGAGGAGCUGCAGCAGCUCAAUGUCAGCAUCCAGCCGCAGGCCCCCGAGUACCAGAUCCUCCUGGACAUCAAGAUGAGGCUGGAGAUGGAGAUCGCUGAGUACAGGAGGCUGCUGGAUGGAGAGGGACUCAGGUGAGAGGGGAUAAUGGAGGGGCAGGAAACAGAGGGAGGGGGAAGGGAUGGGGGGGGGGGGGGAGAUGACAGCUGCUUAUUGGAACCUCAUUGCAAACUAGAAGAUCAAGAUGUGUGUUGGUGAGUUUAGCUGUCCGUAAGCUGUCCCUGUGUAUCUACCAGUAGGCAUGUGGAGACCCGACAGUAGGUCAGGAAAGUGAUCAUGGUUGAGAAGGUCCAGGAAGUACAACAUGUCCAGGAAGUGGUGGAAGGUGAGCAAGCAGGAGAAUAAUUAAUCAAAUGAAUGAAUCAGUGAGAGAAUCAAGUGUUGUUACCCAUCAUACGCACAAUUAAUUAAUUAAUGAUUUCCUGUUUUGUGUCUCUUUCCACAGAGUACAACCCACACAUGCAGAAGCGUGUGUCCACCUCAGUUGAUGAGAAGGUCCAGGAUAUAAACUGA